CUAACCCACAAAGAUAUUGGCACCCCUCUACCUUGUAUUUGGUGCCUGAGCCGGAAUGGUCGGAACGGCUCUCAGCCUUUUGAUUCGUGCUGAGCUCAGCCAACCUGGAUCUCUCCUGGGGGAUGACCAAAUUUAUAAUGUUAUUGUUACCGCACAUGCCUUUGUCAUGAUUUUCUUUAUAGUAAUGCCAAUUCUCAUCGGUGGCUUUGGAAAUUGACUAAUUCCACUAAUGAUUGGGGCCCCAGAUAUAGCAUUUCCACGAAUAAACAAUAUAAGCUUUUGACUCCUGCCACCCUCAUUUCUACUAUUACUAGCCUCCUCUGGUGUUGAAGCCGGGGCUGGAACAGGAGAAACAGUUUACCCACCGCUGGCAGGUAAUCUCGCCCAUGCAGGUGCAUCCGUUGACCUUACCAUCUUUUCUCUUCACCUAGCAGGUGUAUCUUCAAUUCUGGGAGCAAUUAAUUUUAUUACCACAACAAUUAAUAUGAAACCCCCAGCCAUUUCACAAUAUCAAACACCCUUAUUUGUCUGAGCAGUCCUUGUAACCGCCGUUCUUCUCCUUUUGUCCCUGCCUGUCUUAGCUGCUGGGAUUACUAUGCUUUUAACAGACCGAAACCUAAAUACAACAUUCUUUGACCCGGCAGGAGGAGGAGACCCAAUCCUAUACCAGCACUUAUUCUGAUUCUUUGGCCACCCAGAAGUAUACAUUUUAAUUUUACCAGGAUUCGGGAUUAUCUCACAUGUUGUAGCCUACUACGCUGGUAAAAAAGAACCUUUCGGCUACAUGGGAAUAGUCUGAGCUAUGAUGGCCAUUGGCCUCUUAGGCUUCAUUGUCUGAGCCCACCAUAUGUUUACGGUCGGGAUAGAUGUUGACACCCGUGCAUACUUCACAUCUGCUACAAUAAUUAUUGCUAUUCCUACAGGUGUAAAAGUCUUUAGCUGACUGGCCACCCUUCACGGGGGCUCAAUUAAAUGAGAGACCCCAAUACUCUGAGCUCUAGGAUUUAUCUUCCUAUUCACAGUGGGUGGACUUACCGGGAUUGUUCUAGCUAACUCAUCCAUCGACAUUGUUCUCCACGACACAUGUAUUUAUGUAGUUGCUCACUUCCACUAUGUACUCUCAAUGGGUGCAGUCUUUGCUAUUAUAGCCGGCUUUGUACACUGAUUCCCACUAUUUACAGGUUAUACUCUACAUAGCACAUGAACUAAAAUCCACUUUGGGGUUAUGUUUUUAGGUGUCAACCUCACCUUCUUCCCACAGCACUUCCUUGGCCUUGCAGGUAUGCCCCGACGGUACUCAGACUACCCAGAUGCCUAUACACUGUGAAACACAGUCUCAUCUAUUGGAUCUAUAAUUUCACUAGUAGCUGUAAUCAUGUUCCUAUUUAUCUUAGAGGAAGCCUUCGCCGCUAAACGGGAAGUCCUAUCCGUAGAACUAACCGCAACAAAUGCCGAGUGACUCCAUGGAUUGCCCCCCCCCUAUCACACAUUUGAGGAGCCAGCAUUUGUUCAAGUUCAAUCAAAUUAACCGAGGAAGGGAGGAGUUGAACCCCCUUGUGCUGGUUUCAAGCCAGCCGCAUAACCAUUCUGCCACUUCCUUAAGACAUUAGUAAACUUGAAAUUACAUCACUUUGUCAAGGUGAAAUUGUAGGUUAAAUUCCUGCAUGUCUUAAGCCCUGAGCUUAAUGGCACAUCCCACACAACUAGGAUUCCAAGACGCGGCAUCACCCGUUAUAGAAGAGCUUCUUCACUUCCAUGAUCACGCACUAAUAAUUGUAUUUUUUAAUUAGCACCCUCGUACUAUACAUUAUUGUUUGCCAUAGUCUCCACAAAGUUAACUAAUAAAUAUAUCUUAGAUUCCCAAGAAAUUGAAAUUGUAUGAACUGUUUUACCCGCUGUAAUUCUUGUUUUAAUUGCCCUACCCUCACUUCGAAUUCUGUAUCUUAUAGACGAGAUUAAUGAUCCCCAUUUAACCAUCAAAGCUAUAGGUCACCAAUGAUAUUGAAGUUAUGAAUAUACUGACUAUGAAGACCUAGGCUUUGAUUCAUAUAUGAUUCCAACUCAAGACCUCACCCCUGGACAAUUCCGGCUUCUUGGAGACAGACCAUCGAAUAGUAGUUCCAAUGGAAUCCCCCAUCCGUGUCCUAAUCUCUGCUGAAGAUGUGCUCCACUCCUGAGCUGUUUCCAUCUCUUGGGAUUAAACUAGACGGUGUUCCUGGGCGCCUAAACCAAACUGCCUUCAUUGCCUCCCGCCCUGGAGUAUUUUAUGGACAAUGUUCCGAAAUCUGUGGAGCUAAUCACAGCUUCAUACCCAUUGUUGUAGAGGCUGUUCCACUUGAGCACUUUGAACACUGAUCCUCGCUUAUACUAGAAGACGCCU